UGUACAAGUACGUCCGCGCGCCCGCAACAUUAACAAUCGUCACGGCACUUGGACACUUCCAUUACCGGAGAUAGAUAAUCUGUAGCCGGCAGCAGCACCUACUGUGUUCCGGCGAGCGGCCAUGUCUUCACCAUCUUCUUCGAGAACAAUGAGGGCCGUACAGUACGACAAGUACGGCGGAGGAGCCGAGGGCCUCAACCACGUGGAGGUGCUGGUCCCGUCGCCGAAGAAAGGCGAGCUGCUGGUUCGGGUGGAGGCCGCCAGCAUCAACCCGCUGGACUGGAGGUUCCAGAAGGGCGUCGGGCGGCCCUUCCUGCCCAGCAAGUUCCCCUUCACCCCGGUCUGCGAGCUCGCCGGCGAGGUAGUGGAGUUGGGCGCUGGGGUGAGCGGCUUCAGGCCGGGCGACAAGAUCAUCGCCGUCAACUUCCCGGGUAGCGGCGGCCUGGCCGAGUACGCCGUGGUGUCAGCAUCGAACGCGGCGUUGAGGCCGCCAGAGGUGUCGGCAGUCGAAGGCGCGUGCAUUCCAAUUGCGGCGGCCACCGCGCUCAUGGCGCUCAGGACGGCCGGGGUCGCCCUCGACGCCGGCGACGGCCCCGCAAAGAACGUGCUGGUCACCGCUUCCUCUGGCGGUGUCGGCACCUUCGCCGUGCAGCUGGCCAGCCUCGCGGGCCACCACCACGUCACGGCCACCUGCGGCGCGCGCAACCUGGACCUCGUUCGGGGCCUCGGCGCCGACGAGGCGCUGGACUACGCCACGCCUGAGGGCGUGGCGCUGCGUGGGCCGUCCAGACGGAUGCAUGAUGUGGUGGUGCACUGCGCGGAGGGGUUCCCGUGGUCGGCGUUCAAGCCGGCGCUGGCGGACGCCGGUGGCGUGGUGGUGGACCUGACCCCGCGCACCGCGUCUGUGGCCGUCGCGGUGCUGCACUGGCUGUGCUUCUCGAAGAAGAGGCUGGUGCCGCUAAUCGUGUCGACGAAGAAGCAGGAUAUGGAUGCACUGCUGGGAUUGGUGGUGCAGGGGAAGAUCCGGGCGGUGGUUGAUUCGCGUUACCCGCUGAGCAGGGCGCACGAGGGCUGGGCCAAGAGCAUGAGCGGCCACGCCACCGGUAAGAUUAUCGUGGACAUGGUAGAAGACGCGGAGUGAUAAUGAUGUACCACGGGACUUUGCCAUUUCUUUUCUGCCUCUGCUGCUGAUUUUUUCAUUUCUAGCGUGAGUGAAAUAUAGUUAUUUGUAAGUAAAUCUUAUGAUUUGAAAUAUAUUUAUUUGUAAGUAAAUACGGGAGCCCUGCUGAUCAACCACUUUGACCGGCCUCCAAUGAUAGUU